AUGUCAAAAAUUACAAUUAUCUCUGGUGAUCAAACUGGAGUUGAAAGAGCAGCUUUAGAUGCUGCUCUUGACAAAAACUUUGAUAUUGAAGGUUGGUGCACAAAAGGAAGACUAUCAGAAGAUGAUGUCUUACCAUCAAAAUAUACACUUAAGGAAUUAGAUACUGCUUCUUAUCUUGAAAGACAUAAAGCAAAUCUCAAAUUAGCAGAAGAAAAAACAUUAAUUUUAAUGAUAUCAGGUUUAAAAAUUGAUGAAAAAACACUUCCUAGUGUUAAAAAAGAAGAAUCAAAAACUAUCUUUCUUGAAAAAGAUUUUAAACAAAACAAAGUUCAUAUUAAUCCACUUAUAAAGUGGAUUAAAGAUGAAGAAAUUAAAAAAUUAUUUAUCAGUGGACCAACUGAAAGUAAUAUCAAUGGUGUUACUAUUUAUGAUAUAGCAUAUAAUUUUUUAUUUCAUCAAUUAUUUAACGAACCGGAAGCAAGCGAUUGUUAUGUAAAGUUAAAUGAUUGGUAUAAUAUAUUUAAAUUUGCUGGUAGCGAAAGAGAGAGCAAAAAUGAUAUUUUAAUAAGAAAUGAAUUUGAAGCUGCAGAUGAAAUAACUUCAAAUCCAUCAAACUUACAAAUACAUGCGGGUGCCAUAUACACCAGUCGACUCCUUAGCAAAGCUCUUCAUCUCGAAAACCUUCCCGGUAAAUUUUUCUGA